AUGAGCAAGCCAAAGACAGCAGUUCCAAGUCUCUUUCCAAGUAAGGAGAUUAUGGAAUUGAAAUCACUAAAGCGCCAGCGAACUGUUGCGAAAAAUAGUAUAGUGCGCAUAAAAACGGGUCUCCUCGAUAAAACAAUGUCGUUAGAUCCAAUUGAAUUGGAGUGUCGACUGGACAUUUUGAACUCUCAUAGCGAUAAGCUUAUGAAGUGUCAGUCGAAAAUUGAAGAAAUCGACGAGGAAGACAUAGCCCGUGGGGAGUUAGAGGACCUAAUAGUGGAAACUAAGUCCGUUAUAAAAUCUAUUCUGGCGAGAAAUAAAUCGUCAAUAGCCGAAACAUCCUUUGUUGCACCUCACAGCUCGCGACUACCGAAAAUGUCGCUACCGAAAUUUAAAGGGGAAUAUUCAGAAUUUAAAAAUUUUAUGAGUCUGUUCGAGAGUUUGGUGCACAACGAUCCUACAAUCCCAGACAUUGAGAAAUUUAAUCACUUGGUUAACUGUCUGUCUGGUGAAGCUUUGGGAACGGUAAAGGCCUUCCAAAUGUCGGACGAAAAUUAUUCGAAGGCGUUGGCUAGUCUCAAAAAAGUUUAUGACAAUAAAUGUUUAAUAUUUUUCGACACAAUUUCCAAACUUUUUGAACUGCCAACUAUCCCAAAGCCAUCUGCGCUUUCAUUGCGCACAAUGAUUGAUACAGUGUUGGCUGUUUACGACUCGUUGCUGUCGUUAGGUGACGAGAAAAACAUCACAACGCUAUCAUAA